AUGCCUUCUCUACUUGGAAAGGAAGUCGGCCCUAUUGGCUAUGGCACCAUGAGAAUGACCUGGAACGCGCAGCCUCCUUCCCAUGAGGUGUGCUUUGAGACACUUAACACUACCCUGGAACUGGGUGCCAACUUCUGGAACGCUGGCGAGUUGUACGGCACUCCGGAGUACAACUCUCUGCACCUGCUUAACAAGUACUUCGCCAAGUACCCUGAGAACGCAGAGAAGGUUGUCCUCAGUGUCAAGGGUGGCUUGAAGAAGGGCGAGCUUGUCCCGGAUGGCUCGGAAGAGAACAUCCGUCGUAGCGUGGACGAAUGUCUGCGUCUGCUUGAUGGCAAGAAGAAGCUCGACAUUUUCGAAUGCGCGCGACAAGACUCUGCUUUCCCCGUUGAGGAGACCAUCAAGGUCCUCGCACAGUAUGUCAAGGAGGGCAAGAUUGGAGGAAUUGGAUUGAGCGAGGUUGAUGCCGAGACGAUCCGCCGAGCACACAAGGUGCACCCAAUUGCUGCAGUCGAGGUUGAAAUGUCCUUAUGGUCUACUGAUAUUCUCCAAAAUGACAUUGCCAAAACCUGUGCGGAGCUCGACAUCCCCGUCAUCGCUUACUCGCCUCUUGGCCGAGGUGUUUUGACCGGAGCUGUGACCUCGCUGGCCGAUAUCCCCCACGAUGAUAUUCGGCACCACAUGUCCCGGUUCCAGGAAGAUAACUUCAAACACAACCUGAAACUCAUCAACGAGGUCAAUGACCUUGCUGCUCGCAAAGGUGUUGCUCCUGCUCAGAUUGCACUGGCAUGGAUCCGGACCAAGAGUAGCAAGCCUGGCAUGCCUACUAUUAUCCCCAUUCCUGGCGGUACUACGAAGGACAAGGUGGUUCAGAACAUGGGCGGUGCACAGGCGCUGACGGAUUCUGAGAUGGCUGAGAUUGAUGCGAUUUUGGAGGAUCACACGGUUUCUGGGCCUCGGUACUAG